AGAAAGAAAAAGAAUGAAAGAGAGGUCUCUAAAUUAGCCCCCACAAAAUGUGGUGUUCCUAUCACCUUUUUGACUUCAGAAAAUAUGGUCAUUUUUCAUCCCCCCAUAAUCCCAAACGUCCAGAAAAAUCCGAAAGUAAAUGUAUAAAUUGAGUACAAAGCUUUUACGAGAUACAACAUUGGUAGAAGACUAGAAGUUGUCACUUGGAUGGCUGUUAUAGGAAUGGCAAACACUCUCUCUCCUCUACUUGUAUUCUUAUUGGUGUUCUCUCACCAUAUCUGCUUGAAUGCUGUCCCAGUCACAAGAAUUGGAAGCCUAAAGCACGGGCUGCAAGCUCAUCAAGUUUCACAGAUUACCCACAUGGUAGCUACAGGGGAAAAAUGGGAGGAACAAACCAUUGCUGGAAGAAUGGAUGUUGAGCUACAUGAUUACCCCGGAUCAGGAGCCAAUAACCGCCAUACUCCUAAGCCGCCUGCACAAUAUGGGAGAAUCUGUAGUGAUUGUUAGUUUCUCUAGGCAGUAGGUGUGUUCUUCAUUAUAUUAUAUAUUUUAUGAGAUGUAUAGCUUUAGUAAAGAAUCUGCUCCUUAAUUACUGAUCUGGACAGAUCAAGACUCAAGAGCUUUCUUUUCUUUUGGGGGAAGGGGGUACAAAGGUGAAUUUAGAUAGCAAAUAAUAUGUAGAAUGAGAGCUACUGAGCAAGAGAGGAAAAAGAACUACAGUAGAAUUCAGUUAUGUGAAUGUGAGAGCCUUUAAGCAACUAGAUCUGCUUGGCCAUUUGUAUGAAGUUGAACUUUCAACUAUUAGUUACCUACAAGCUUGAUGCAUAAUAUACCAAUUGUUAUGUUA